AUCUAGAUUUCUCAGUUUCUGUUUUCCCAAAACAAAACAACCAACCUAGCACAAAACAAAAACAUGCUUUAUUUCUUUCCAUUCUCACCGACCCAUUUGAUUUGACAUUGUUACCACCCAUUCAAAAACACAAAACCAGAAUCAAAGUCAAAACUUUCCUCGACCCCACUAGUUUUCUCUCCCCCAUUUGAUAGAAAAUAAAUUUUCAAAAAGUAAGGGUUUGUGAAUGGGGGCGUACAGAGCUGAUGAUGAUUACGAUUAUCUGUUCAAGGUGGUGUUGAUUGGGGACUCAGGUGUGGGAAAAUCCAAUCUUCUUUCAAGGUUCACCAAGAAUGAGUUCAGCCUUGAAUCCAAGUCCACCAUUGGGGUUGAAUUUGCCACCAGAAGCAUUAGGGUUGAUGAUAAGGUUGUCAAGGCUCAAAUUUGGGAUACUGCUGGUCAAGAAAGGUACCGAGCAAUAACAAGUGCAUAUUAUCGAGGAGCUGUUGGCGCUUUACUAGUCUAUGAUGUUACCCGCCAUGUAACAUUCGAAAAUGUGGAGAGAUGGCUGAAAGAGCUGAGAGAUCACACAGAUACCAACAUUGUUGUGAUGCUCGUAGGGAACAAAGCGGAUCUGCGUCAUUUGCGAGCGGUUUCCACUGAAGAUUCUACGGCUUUUGCUGAACGAGAGAACACAUUUUUCAUGGAAACAUCUGCCCUUGAAUCGUUGAAUGUGGAAAACGCCUUCACAGAAGUGUUGACCCAGAUCUAUCGCGUUGUGAGCAAGAAGGCCCUUGAGAUUGGUGAUGAUCCAGCUGCUUUACCAAAAGGACAGACAAUUAAUGUUGGGUCCCGUGAUGAUGUAUCAGCUGUGAAGAAAAGUGGAUGUUGUUCUUCUUGAGUAUGUAGUAAAAGUCCCUGUAUUCUUACUUUAUCUAUGUCUUGUUUAUACCAUGUAGAGAAUGAGCUGACAGCAUGAAGAUGAUUGUUUAGAUAGCAUCAAACUAUAAUUUUUUUUUUGCUUUGGUUUGUGAGAAUUAUGCAUUCUCAUUUUGCAUAAUCCUUAUUUUUGUGUUGGCUUGUGAGAGAGGGUUAGAGAGAUCUCCAUACACAUUUGGCAAAGAGCCAAUCACACUAGUGAACCGGGUACUACAUCUUUCACCCAUAACCUUAAGGCACAUUGGAUGUAUGAGUCCUUUUGCUUAUAACAACACUUUCAUUUACAUCCAAUGUUGGACUCUGACUCUCAUUUGAGUUUCCAACAUUUUGUGUUGUUUUAAGUUAUUCAUUUAUCUGAUUUUGAAAUUACUUAUUUUGAUAUUUUUUCA